AUUCCGCCGGACUCGAGCAUCGGAAGCUCGUUUGGCCCCAAACGGCGUCGCAAACUGAGGCAAUCCCAUCCAGAGACUCAACAUCUCCCCAACCCGUCGUCACACCGCCUCAUCGGCCCAACCUUUGGGCGCUUGGCUGCAACAUCAACCAAUUGGACAGUCUCCACGACUACCACCGAGACUCGUCUGGCUGGCACAUCGGCUAAAUUAUCUUAUUUUCGGUCUUUUGUCGGUGAUCGGAUCAACUCAACUGCCGGCACAGCGCCUGAUCAGUCUAAGCAAGUGCUCACACGUGAUUAUACGGCUCAUUGCGAGUUUGCACACACUCAUUCACACAAACACACACACACACCUGCACACAAACCAUGCACACUUAGUACACGUGUCCAGAGAGCAGACGGUUUAAGAAGUGAAGACGCAGCACAUUCGGACCCAAUGUCCUGUCCGAUGGCCCAUCUUCACUCGAGGGCUUGGUCAAUCUCGACUGCGCAUGACCUCUCAUCUCUACGUUUGAUCACAGACCUGACGGCUCAAUCUCAAAAUAGGCUGUCUAACGAGAUAGAUAGAAAGAGAGAGAGAAACACACACACACAGAAAGAGAGAGAGAGAGAUGGUAGGAUGAAAUGA